AUGAGUGACAACGUCGACCCGUCGGUCGUCGAGCAGGCUUGCUUCGCCGACUUGAGCCGGCUUCGACAAAACGAACUGCCCUUGAGCAGUAAGGAGCACAGAGGCUCCUCCUACACUCCUGUGGGAGACAAUUCUGCCCGUAACAUUGCUACGGACAUCAAGAAGAAUCUCAAAAGCAAGUGGAAUGUGACAAUCUUCGACGAGGAAUCGGAGCAAAUUCAAGGACUUUCCAACGAAGACACCAGGCCUUGGGCCAAAAAGGUGGCCCAAGCCUACAUGAAUAAGAACCCAGCGUCUUCGUAA